AUGCAGUCUGACAUGAUGGAACAAGUGAAAAAACAUGUGCAAGAAGAACCACCAAAAGAAGUAGAUAAAGUUACUACUAAAAAGUACUUUCUGCAUCCAAAGGAAUCAGUGAAGACGCUCACCCCACUUAGACAGACAGAAAAGGAACUGAGGACUGUUAGUAAAGCUCUUGCUCACUCAAGACGUCAUAUCACUGCUGUGAAGCAAGGUAGAGGAUAUUUUCAUAUACUUCACCAAGAAUCACUGGAGAGGAAGAAUGCGUGGAGAGCAGCACAGCAGGCUCAGGAUGUGAGAUGGAGAACUAUAUGCCAGCCACCCAGAUAUUCAUCUGAUGAGGAGGAGUCUGAGGAAGAGAUAAACAUUUGCUCUCUGACAGAAGGCCACUGCACGAAGAAGGCAUGGAAAAACAAGAAAAGAAAGAAGAUGACUUUACGGUCUUUCACUCCUAUUUAUACCAGUGUCUUGAUUCCAAACCCCACUGGAGCAAAAAGUGAACAUCUCUUCCGACAGCUAUGUGCCAUACACUGGCUUUUGGAAGCUUUGACUCUCGAAUCCAGCAAUUCUAUGCAUUCCAUAUUAACCUGCUGGAAUCCAACGGACCCUGGGGGCACUAAAAAAACAUUAGAAGAAAUCGAAGAGGAGAAGUUAACAACGUAUAUGUGGGAGCUCUUUAUUACAGACACAAAGAAAUUUAUCCAGAAAGCACGACACAGUCCGCUUAGCAGGAAGAUAAACAAGACAGUAUCUGCUCUAGGCAUCUCUCAGCUUAGUAGUCAGUCAUCUCCCCAUACUCAAACUCCUCAUGGCAGCACACCUUCCCUUGUCUUCUGCUCUGAAGACAAUGUCAACAUGAAUAUAGCUUCAUCUGAUGUUACAAGUGAGUCAGCACAAACUAAAGAAGAAGAAGAAGCUCUUUGCCCCUCCCUGCAGAAGUUAAUCCAGAUAACACAUGAAGAGGUGUCAAAAGAUUUCUAUAAAGAGGAAGAUGCGGUUAAGAAGACUGAACUGCAAUGCUGCCAUAUCAGUUCUUUUAUUAAAAGCAAAUCUAAUUUGUGUGCUGAUAUGAGGCAAAAGUUCACAGCAGUAUGUGAAGAAGCAGCUUCUUGUUUACAUGACACCCUAGAGAGCCUUGAGAGGAGACAGGAAGAGAGAUGCUGUCAAAAAUACCAGGCUUUGAAGCAUAUCAAGUAUUUUAAGAGGGAUCUAGAAAGAAUGAGAAAGUUGGGCAUGAGAGCUGAAAGAGAACAUGGUGAAGAUGAACUCAAAUGGUUUCCUGUAUUGCUGGCCAGGCUCCCAGAGUCUGUGAAGAAUGACCUUUAUGUACGGAAAAUCCUAAAGAAACUGGAAAAAUUUGGCAAGAACCCUGACUUGAGAAUUCGUCCUGACACAUUUCUUAAGGCUCUGGCUGAUCUCCAAGUGUGGGAGCUGUGUUCUCCAGAAAUUGCUGCAGCUGUGGAGUUUGUACGUGAAAGUAUUGUGCAGAUGCCAGAAGAGGAUUUCAGCAAGUGGUUUCAGACAAGAAUAACCCCUCUCAGUGCACAGUCCUACACCUUUUAAUCAAAUGGCCAGAUGAGAUGGUUUUCUAGCUACAAUUUAUGGCUUCAAGCAGAAUACCACUGUCUGUUGAGAUCUGCCUCAAGGGGAACUGGGAAAGGGAAGUUAACUUCAGAAAAUCCCACUGACCAUCCUUGUACACCUGAAAUUUGUCCCUCCACAGUGCUCCACUUGCUGUGGUCAGCCAUAGAAAACAAAAGCUAAGUACUGUUGCUGCUUCUUGCCUGAUGUCUUGGACAUGCAAUCAAAAUUCAACUUCACGUAACCAUGUAGGAUGAAAUCUGACUUCCCAGUCACAGGUCAGGUGCUUUCUUCAAGCAUUCCUCCAGGAGUACAUACAGUAUUGACAGCAGUAGCAUCUUCU